AUGGAGAGCGAGGCGCCGCACCUGCUUCUGCACGGCGUCAGCCUGGACCUCCGCCUCGACACCACCACCACUACGCCGACGCUCCACCGCGGCGGAGGACGGCGUCCGGCGUCCCCCAUCGCCGCCAACGCCGCCGUCGGCGACCGGGAGGCGUUCGCGUGCAACUACUGCCACCGCAAGUUCCUCAGCUCGCAGGCGCUCGGCGGCCACCAGAACGCGCACAAGCUCGAGCGCACCCUCGCCAAGCGCAGCCGCGACUUGCCCUCCGGCCCCGCCGUUCCAACCGCGCCUCCCUCUUCCUCCCCGGCGUGGCCCGCCCACUGGCUCGACGGCGGCGGGGAGCUCUGGGCGUACCCUGCUUCUGGCGCGGUGGAGUCGGCGACGAUGGCAGCGCCCGUCCUCGGCAUGGGCAUGGGCUUGGGCUGGGCAGGCGGCGCGACAACGAACGGCGGCGGCAUCUCGAACGGGGAGGCGGUGGUGGCGGAGAUGGACUUGUCGCUCAGGCUCUGA